AUGCCGAAUGGGUUUCAGAGGGUUGCCGAAAGGGUGUCAGAGGGAUGCCGAAUGGGUGUCAGAGGGUUGCCGAAAGGGUGUCAGACGGAUGCCGAAGGAUUUCAGAGGGUUGCCGAAAGGGUGUCAGAUGGAUGCCGAAUGGGUUUCAGAGGGUUGCUGGAAGGGUGUCAGAUGGAUGCCGAAGGGUUUCAGAGGGUUGCCGAAAGGGUGUCAGAUGGAUGCCGAAGGGUUUCAGAGGGUUACCGAAAGGGUGCCAGAUGGAUGCCGAAGGGUUUCAGAGGGUUGCCGAAAGGGUGUCAGAUGGAUGCCGAAGGGUUUCAGAGGGUUGCCGAAAGGGUGCCAGAGGGAUGCCGAAGGGUUUCAGAGGGUUGCCGAAAGGGUGUCAGAUGGAUGCCGAAUGGGUUUCAGAGGGUUGCUGAAAGGGUGUCAGAUGGAUGCCGAAGGGUUUCAGAGGGUUGCCGAAAGGGCGCCAGAGGGAUGCCGAAGGGUUUCAGAGGGUUGCCGAAAGGGUGUCAGAUGGAUGCCGAAUGGGUUUCAGAGGGUUGCAGAAAGGGUGUCAGAGGGAUGCCGAAUGGGUUUCAGAGGGUUGCCGAAAGGGUGUCAGAUGGAUGCCGAAGGAUUUCAGAGGGUUGCCGAAAGGGUGUCAGAUGGAUGCCGAAAGGGUUUCAGAGGGUUGCUGGAAGGGUGUCAGAUGGAUGCCGAAGGGUUUCAGAGGGUUGCCGAAAGGGUGUCAGAUGGAUGCCGAAGGGUUUCAGAGGGUUACCGAAAGGGUGCCAGAUGGAUGCCGAAGGGUUUCAGAGGGUUGCCGAAAGGGUGUCAGAUGGAUGCCGAAGGGUUUCAGAGGGUUGCCGAAAGGGUGCCAGAGGGAUGCCGAAGGAUUUCAGAGGGUUGCCGAAAGGGUGUCAGAUGGAUGCCGAAUGGGUUUCAGAGGGUUGCUGA